AAAUUUAAUUUUUGGGGGUAGGGGAAACCCCAAAUCUCUUGUCAAACAGCUGACAGGAAGAAAGUAUUUGGCCUUAUUCCUAAAUGCAUUUUAAGUGUCAGCAUUUCAAAGUUUAACAUUUGACUGUUUUGAAAAAAGAAAGGCGAGAGAAGGUAAGACUGUUUCCAAGGUCUCAGAUCUUUCUGCUUUAAACAUCCUGCCACGGGAAAAACCAAGAUAAGAGGAAAAGUCCCAUUGGCUCCACGUUUAAUGACGUCAUUCCGUCGAGACCCCUUUCCCCUACGCUCUGACGCAUGGCCGCAAUCAUAAUUUUGCUUUCCGAUUGGUCGGCUACUUUCCCGGCGUCUACGUGCAAGCGGGUCCAAUCUUCGACCUCUCGGCUCCGCCCUCGGCGUUAGGAUGAAGAUGGCGGCCUCCAUUCGGGUAAAGCUGUAUCCUUGCGGCCGAGGAUUGCGGCUGCACACAGCGGCCGAAGUCGCGACACCUGCGGCCGAGAUAGCUACACCCGCGGUCUCGACAGCGCGGUAUCCGCCGGUGGUGGCCUCACUGACGGCAAAAAGUAAGGCAGCCCGACAGCGUCGGGUGGACCGGUGGCAUCAGCAGGCACACGACGCGCCCUCGGUGGAAGCGAAGCUGCGCGUACUCACGAAGCUGCAGCGCCCCAAGUACGUCGUGUACCCGCAGACCUUCGCCCUUAAUGCAGACCGCUGGUACCAAAGCUUCACCAAGACCGUCUACCUGAGCGGCCUGCCCCUGCCCCGGCCCCCUGGCCCUGGCGAGCCCGGUGGCCUGCCCGAUCUGGCCCCCCUCCGCUCCGCCGUGUGCGACUGCCUCCUGCAGGAGCAUUUCCACUUGAAGCGCAAGAAGCGGGCCCCGCCGUACCAGCAGCAGGAGUUUGUGGCCUCUCCCUUCCUCCACCAGCUCGUGACCUCCCUGACCGGGCUGCUGACCCCCCACAACCCGAGUCUCUCGGCCGCUGCCCUCGAUUUUCAACGGCCGGUUCAUUUUUAUUGGUGGUGUGGUGAAGAAAUUAUUUCAAAAGGUUAUCGUAAAGGUAGAAUUGAUGCAUUACGAUACCAGAUAAAUGAUAAACCACAUAGCCAGAUUCGUAUACAGAAACAACUUUCAGAGUUUGUGCCAUUGGAUUACUCAGUGCCGAUGGAAAUUCCUGUUAUUAAUUGUAAACCAGAUAAACUUCCGUUAUUCAAACGACAGUAUGAAAAUAACAUAUUUAUUGGCACAAGAUUAGCAGAUCCAUGCUGUUAUGGUCACACUCAGUUUCAUUUGUUACCUGACAAACUAAAAAGGGAGAGACUCUUGAAGAACAAUCGUGGUGAUCAAAUAGAAGUUGGUUAUCGAGCGAAUGCCAUUGCCAGUCUUUUUGCUUGGACUGGGGCACAGGCUAUGUAUCAAGGAUUCUGGAGUGAAGCUGAUGUUACCCGUCCAUUUGUCUCCCAGGGUGUAGUUACGGAUGGAAAAUACUUUGCCUUCUUUUGUUACCAGUUAAAUACUUUGGCACUUACUGCACAGGCUAAUCAGAAUAACUCUCGUAAGAAUAUAUGUUGGGGGACAGAGAGCAAGCCUCUUUUUGAAGUUAUUGAAGAUGGUGAUGUUAAAGGCUUCAAUGAUGAACUUUUGCUUCAAUUGAUUCAGUUUCUAAUGAACAGACCAGAAGAACGUAGAUCACAACUAUUAUAAAGACUUUUGGAAUUCAUAGAUCUCACUGAAUGUAAAAUAAAUCAUUUAUGAUUUGGUAUAAUUGUUAAUAUAAAGAUCUGGAAUAAAUUUUAGAAAUAUUCUUA